AUGAACUCCACCCCCUGCACAGCAUGCAGCUGGACCCCCGAACGCCAAAACCACUGCAACUACAAAAGCCACCUCAAACUCUUCCACAAAGCAGGCGACCGAGGCACCUGUUCCAUCGGCUCAAAGGUAAUCCUGAAAGACCACGGUCACAACCUCCCAACCUCCGAGGUCCCAAACAUCCAUUUCGUGCAAGACCGGACCUCUAUCCCCGUCCCCACUAUCAUCGAUUCCUGGGAGGAGGAGGAAGAUAAACACACUCUCACCCUAAUGCGACGUAUCCCCGGCGAACCGUUAAGCAACAUCUGGUCAAAACUAACCCCCAACGAAAAAGAAACCAUAGCAAAGCAAGUCGCCGAGUAUCUCCAACAAUUCCGACCUCUCCAGUCGGAUAAGAUCCAAUGUCUCGGUGGUCGUCCAGUAUUCUCUAACUUCCUCUUUAAGAAUGAUUCUAGUAGCUCCUCUGGUGAGAUUGAGAUUCCCCGCGGUCCCUUUGCAACUGAUGACGAGCUUUGGGCUGAGAUGGAGCGUGGGUUGGAUGAGAGGAUUCCAGAGGCUGCGAGGGUACGGCUGAGGCAGCGCAUGCCGGCUGCUAUGCCGUAUACGUUUACGCAUGGGGAUCUGACCAUUGGGAAUAUUAUGGUGGAGGGUGGUGAACUUACUGGGAUUAUUGGUUGGGAGAUGGCUGGGUAUUUUCCUGUUUGGUGGGAGUAUGUGGCCACUUCGGUUGCUGAUGGUGAGGAGGAUAGAGAGUGGAAGAUGUUGUUGAGAUGGUAUUUGCCGGAUUAUAGUGCUGCGCGGGAGUUUUGGUUGGAGUAUUGGUAUCUUUGUAGGGAUUUGGAGGGUGAAAGAGUAUAG